UCGGUUGUCGUCCACAUUUACUCUCAACAUGCCAAUCGGACUCGUUGCUAAGCUUGCCGGCAAAGGCAUUGCGAUGGGAGCCGAGUACAGGGAACAUCGCAAGGAACAGAAGCAAGCCCGUGCCGCAGCAACAGAGGAGCUCGAGCAUGGUACUACCACCGGACCAGAAGACCGUCAAAUGGAGUCCACAGAAGCGCUUCCAGCGUAUACAGAUCGACAGAAUUCGUCGCAUAGAACUCUCGAAGCAGGACCACCAGCUUCAGCUGAUCAGAAGUGGGACGACAUUUCUUCACAAGAAGAUUCAGAUUCAGACGAUACCGAAUCGAUUGAGGACGACGAGGAGCUCCAAGCACUGGAUGAAGCGUUAGAGCCCACUGAUAGCAAUGGCCUACCCACAUAUGACGAGUCCGAGGCACAAUACACUCCUGUUGAGGAGCUUGUCCGCGAGGUCAUGAAUACUAACCCGCCAGCGGAGCCGAGAGAAAGCACUCUCACUCGCCCUCAGAUCCCAUUGCCAGUGAUACUUCCCCAGCGUCGCCCAAGAAAAAAAGCACGAGGCUUUAUCAGAGCAUACAGCCCAGUGCUGGCGGACUGUGGCAUCGACCAGGAAGUCUUCCUCAAGUUUCUAAAGAACUUCCACAAGUCUUCCCAGGCAUCUCCCAUCUUCCCUAUCAUCCAAAUCUCUGCCGCCAUAGCGGGACUCGUACCAUCGGUCAUUGCAAUGGCUGUGACUACGGCGGUACAAAUCGCUGCUGGAGUCGGGGCAGAAGUUCAAUCCAGAACACGAACAAACACCUUCCUCGACUCCAUGAACGAGGAGUUAUUCAAGCCCGCAGGCCUUUACGCUAUGAUUGUCAAGUACAAGUCCGACUCGGAUAUGCAACAAUCUACCACUGGUAUCGCUGGACUCGCCAACCUCAUCAAAGCCGAGAAGGUUGAUGUCACAACUAAUCAAACCAUUGCGAAAUACAACAGAACGCACUCGGACGAGUCUGGAAGCAGGAGCAUGAACAGUCGUAUGAAAGACAUGAGGCUCGCUAGCAAUACAACUAAAGGGACUGCCAUGCUUCCAGAAUCUGCGCCCCUGAUCUUUCCAGAGCUCGAUCGCCAAGCAGCUCAAGCAGGGCCAGAGACUUUCAAGGACAAGACCAAAGAUGCCAAAAAGUUCCUCGCAAACUACUUUGAUCGCAGGGCUCAAUUCGAUUACGCAUCCCAAGAUCCCAGCUCUUCGCUCGCAGUGCCGCAACAACAUCGUGCCUUCAAAUCAGCUCGAGCAGAUCCAAAUCACCCAAUGUACUCCGGCGGCCUCGUUGCGCUGCUUUCAGGUGGAAAGAUGACACCCAUAGCAUCGAAGCGCGAGCGACGGAUGGAGCGAGAUCUCUUUCGCGAUCAGCGUCGUCUCGCUGUGGGCUGUGAGCCUCGAUCUAGAAAGCGAUAUGGGGAUGCUUAUCGCGAAGAACUCUUUUCACGCACUGGAUUCCGAUCUGAGCAGAUUUCGAGUGCGGGGCGUCUCAGUCCUGCUGCGAGUAGUUCACAAGGCAGUGCUGUGGAGGCAUCGUCUAGUCAGAGUACAUUUCAGCGCGAGGCGAGAUCUCGGAAUGCCAGGAGGAGGAACAGGAAAGGCGGGCCUCUGGGUGCGGUGAAGAGAGCUAUGAGAGAAGAUGUACUGUAUUUGAUGAUUGUCAAUAUGCCUUCAGAGGCGGAGCUGGCUGAAGCUAGGGAAGAGUUGGAAAGGGCGCAACAGCACUAG